UACUCAGAGGGGUGUGCACCCAGCACGUGACAACCUUUACAAGUCAGAAAAUCUCAGCGUGGAGCUCGGAGACCAAGGGGAGGAUUUUAACAGCUGCUCUCGCUUUGAAGUCGUCUUCCUGCUUCGAGGUGAAGAACAAUAAAUAGGGUGAGGCUGUCCACAGAGACUCACAAGAGUGUGAAACAAAGAGGAAAGACACAUUAUGACUGAGCUGCGGUGGAUCUCAGAGCUUCUGUAACUGAACGGACAAUGAAGGCGAGGCCGGCCUGGAUUCUUAUUUUCUUUCAGCUGUUCGAAGCCAACGCAGAGGUGAUCUUAAAACGUCUGACGGAGGGUCAGGCUGUGGUGAUCUCCUGCUCCCCUUGGCAGGCCCACGGAGGCCUGACGGGCCUCCACCUGUACCACCGCGGUGUCCAGAGCCAGACAACCCUGGUGUCCGUGACUGAGGCCGGUGAGGUCACGGUCGCCACGGAUCACAGAGCUCGCCUGGUGCUCCGUGGAGACCUGAGCUCCAUGAAGGUCAACGUGACCAUUUCUCGCUUAGAGCUGAGCGACACAGGGCUGUACAUGUGGGAUCUGAGCUACAGAGACACUAACAGCUCUGAUCAGAUGAUCCUCUGCGCUCAGAAGACCUUCGUGCUGGUUGAGGUGGCAGGGAGGCCGUGCCACUGCUCUCCUGGUUACGCCCCUCUACUCUGGACCAUCUUCACAGCAGCAGGGCUUCUUCUGCUGACCCUCACCUGGCUGGCCAUGCAGAAAUGUGUGAAGUUAAGGUCUCAUCGCAAACCACAACCUCAUGCUCCGAUCUAUGAGGAAAUGGGCAGGAAGCAGCAGCACCAGAGCCCCAGAGGCCCCCAGAAUAACCACGAGGCCCCCUCGCACCUGGAGGAAGUCAACUUCCCCGUGUACGCUAACCCAAACAUCCGACAGCUUCAGGACAACUACUAUGCCUGUCCCAGACAGCUCAAACUGAGAGACUGACACCAUCGGGCCAACGGUGCUGCGAGCAGUAACAGGAAAUAACAGACGCCUUUGCAAAAAUACAAGCGCUGCACACGCUCUGAUGGUGAUUUGCAUUCAGGAUACAAAAGGAUGAAGAAAUAGCACGAACCUCCACUGAGGCGACUCACUCUCUGAGCAGUAUUCACUUUUAAAAUUGUAUUUUGUACACAUGCAUUUAGUUUACUUUGUUCUUUUUAAACAUAAUUUAAGAAGUUUUUCUCUGUUCAAAACCCUUUUUAUAUAUGUGAUCAAACAUUUGAGUGGUGAUACUUAAAAAUGGUUAGUGAUACUUGUAACUCAUUUUGGCUCAACUUGAAAGAAAGGCAGACGUGAAAAGUAAAAAUGAGGUCAGAGGUCACAUGUGACAUUUAGAAUUCCUGCACACCAUUAUCAGUUAGCAAAACAAAAAUAGCUCUUUAUAACAUUAUUAUCACUUUUAUCUUCAGCUAAAUCUACUGAGCUUGAAGGAGCAGUCAAGCUGACAUUUUAAAUCCUUAUACCAGGGGUGUCGUUAUAUGGCUUGGGGGCCAGAAACAGCCAGGUAGAGAAGACCUCCCCCAUGACCAGUCACACUACACCAAAGUAAUUAAGUAAUAUAUAAACAAAGUAACAGUCUUUUCACAAUCUACUCUUCCAUUUCUAUUAACUACAGCAGCAUUUCUUCAUCACAAACUCUGAUGUUCUGCUGAAAUUGCACUUUUUUUCCUUACAUCUGGGAGAUUCAGUGUGUGGUUAAACUUCUUCACAAUGACAGAAAUGAGUUAAACAUCGCUGUUUACACGAUAAAUUUUUACGCUGAUAACACACCACACUUGUAAGAAUCAGUGUCUGAGUCAGAAGGCUUUUUGUCAAUUUUAGACCAAUAAAUCAUUGAGUCGACCUUAAAGACCUCGAUGGACUGUUAACCCGACCCCGCUCUACACUCUGUGGAAAGUCUUUGAGCUAUCGUGUUUACAGACAGGACAACACACAUUAAACCUUCUUGGUGGAAGCAAUACAUGAGAAGGGGACGGCUUUAACAGCCAAGUAACAAAAAAAUGCUAUUUUUAUUAAUAUUUGAAAGAAGCUCCAUAGUUCAUGAAAACAUUUGUUUCGGUGCAUGUCAUUUAACAAUCACAUUCUAUGAGGAGUAAGAGAUAUACAGAGAGAAACAAAAUAAAAACAAAACAUUACAAGCCACUGACUUCUCAUUAACUCUCAGUACAGACGUUUUUACUUAAUAAUUCAAACAAAAGAAAAAAAAAAAA